GUCACGCGCCGCGCGCUCCCAUCACCUCCGCCGCGUUACUACUGAACAGAGGGAAAGACUUCAGCGCUUCACGUUUUCCGCUUCUUUUAAAACAAACAAACACACUAUGUUUUGUAGUAACCUGACACAAGCUACUUUUUCGUUCAGGUUUAAACCUUAAAAAUAUCUGUUUUUCAAAAUUAAUUCGCCAAAAAGAAAAAAAAAAUACAAACAAAAAUGCCUGAGUUGAUAUCAGUGGACGAGUUCAUCGCGGAGACUUUAGAGGACUACAGCUCUCCAACAACCUCCUCCUUCAUCACCAAAAUGACCAGCUGUCGCAAUUCCGUUAGCAGUAUUGAAGAGGCUUUGGACUGUGAUCGUACAGUAUUGCAGAAAAUGAAGAAGGCUUCCAAAGGCAAGCAUGUCUCAGGUCAAGAACACAUAUCACAGUUGGAGCUGUAUAUCAACUCCAUGGAGAAGUUAGCUGUCAAUUUUCGCAACAACGGAGAGCAGGAAGUGGCCUCUGCCUUUAUUAAGUUCGCGGAAUUCUCCAAAGAGCUUCUGACACCAAUGAAGAACUUGUUAAAGAGCAUGCUCCACAAUAUCAACUUUUUCCUGGACUCAUUGGUGAAAGGGGAUUUGAAAGAGGUCAAAGGGGAUCUAAAGAAGCCAUUUGACAAGGCAUGGAGGGAUUAUGAGAAUAAAUUCAAUAAGAUAGAGAAAGAGAAAAGGGAGCUGGCAAAACAGUAUGGCAUGGUGAGGACAGAGGUAAGCGGUGGAGAGAUUGCUGAGGAUCUAGAGAAAGAACGAAGAAUGUUUCAGCUACAGAUGUGUGAGUACCUCAUUAAAGUGAACGAAAUAAAGAGCAAGAAAGGUGUGGAUCUGCUCCAGAACCUCAUCAAGCACUACUACUCCCAGGGCAAUUUCUUUCAGGAGUGCUUGACUGCCACCGAGAAGCUAAAGCAUUAUGUUGACACUCUCACUGGAAAACUCAGCUCUAUAAAGCAUAGUCAAGAUGAAGAGAAGAGGCAGCUUGUGGCCCUCAGGGACCAGCUAAGACCUGCCUUGCAACUUGAACUUAAGGAGGAUUCUUUAAGUAAACAGCAUGUGUACAGUAUGCACCAACUUCAAGGCAACAAGAAAUAUGGAACAGAGAAAUCAGGCUACCUCUAUAAGAAGAGUGAUGGGUUGAGAAAGAUGUGGCAGAAAAGGAAGUGCACUGUGCAGAACUGCUAUCUCACCAUCGCUCAUGGAACUCCAAAUAAACCACCAGCCAAACUGAACCUCCUGACCUGCCAGGUCAAACCCAGUCUGGAGGACAGGAAAUGUUUUGACCUCAUUUCUCAUGACCGCACUUACCACUUUCUCACAGAGGAUGAGCCUGACUGUGUCGCGUGGAUUUCAGUGCUGACCAACAGUAAGCAGGAAGCACUAAAUGUCGCUCUGGAUGAGCACAAACAGACUGGAGGAAGCAGCUUAGAGGAUCUGACCCGGGCGAUCACAGAAGAUAUCCUUCGCAUGCCGGGCAACAACGUCUGCUGCGACUGCGGUGCUCCAGAUCCUACAUGGAUCUCUACAAACCUAGGCAUCCUGACUUGUAUCGAAUGCUCAGGGAUCCAUCGGGAGAUGGGCGUCCAUUACUCUCGCAUCCAGUCGCUCUCUCUGGAUAAACUGGGCACGUCAGAACUCCUGUUGGCGAGAAACGUAGGGAACACAGGGUUUAACGAAAUUGUGGAGGCCAGACUCACAAGGCUAUCUAUGAAACCAUCUGCAGAAAGUGACAUGCUGAUACGUAAGGAGUUCAUCCUGGCUAAGUAUAUAGAGAGUCAGUUUGCUCAGCGGAGUGGCUGUUCCCCUGAAACACUGCUCAGGCGAUUACAGGAGGCCGUACACGCGCGAGACAUCUUCAGCGUUCUGCAGCUCUAUACAGAAAAGCUUGACCUCAGCCUGCCUGUGCCAAACCCGCUGCAGGAAAAACGAGAGACUGCAUUGCAUCUGGCUGUCUUAUUAGCUGACCGGAUGUCACUGCACAUGGUGGACUUUUUGGUACACAACUGUAAUAAUAUAGAUGCACAGACUGUGAAGGGAAACACUGCACUGCACUACUGCUGUCUGCACAAUAAAACAGAGUGUCUGAAGCUCCUGCUGAAGGCCAAAGCCAACACACAUAUCAAGAAUGAAAAUGGUGAGACCGCCCUUGAUAUUGCUCGAAGACAGAAGCACACUCACUGUGAAGAACUGAUCCAGCAGGCUCAGAAUAACCAGUUCAACAUGCACAUUCACGUUGAGUAUGAGUGGAGACUGCGGCAAGACGACUGGUACGAGAGCGAUGAUGACCUGGAUGAUAAGUCAUGCCCUGUGAAAAAGGAUCGUUUUGCUCGUCCAUUAAGUGUGUACCACAGCAGUUCAUCUCAUAAUCGCAAAGGAGGAGCAGGAGGAGGAGGAGGAGCAGUCUUCAGUGUAGGCCGCAGGCUGCCUCCGUCACGAAACGAGAACAGACGGGAGAUGUACGCUGUUCCCAAUCCACAGACGCGCAGCUUGGACAGUCCUCCACCUCCUCCACCAUCUUCACCAGCACCUCCACUGCCCCCGAGAGUGAAAGUACCAAACAUCCCUCCACCUCCCCCUCCUGUCAGUCCGCCAGAUGGGUGGGGAGAGGUCACUUCCAAUACAAAGAGAACUCCUCCUCCUCUAGUGAUCCGACAUAAACGGACCUAUUCUGAACCCUCGCCUCAGGUGCCUUACAGCCCUCGUGUAGACUGCUGCCCUGCUAGUGCUGAUUAUGGCGUUCUGCCAAGUCCUCGAGGCUUUAGUGUUCAAGAUUCAUCUUUUCAGAAGUAUGGAUCAGGGUCUCCAAAGUAUACUGCACCAGUGACGGCCCUCAACCCACUGUCUGAACUGCCAGAACGAAGUUUUCAGUCAGAGUCUGACAGCCACACCUCCCACUUCCUGUAUUCAACUGUUCAAGGCAGUAGCAGCUCGGGGCGACAGGGAACAGCAUUCUCCCCCACUUCCCCCCGCUCCCUCAGUCUGGACUCUAAUGGAAGCUCCUCAUCCUCCUGCCUUAGCGCCCCACACCCAAUGCCCAGACGAACCACGAUGAAGUCGAAGCUGAGACGGGUGAAAGCCAUGUAUGAUUGUGUGGCUGAUCAUCAUGACGAGCUUACCUUCAGUGAAGGAGAGGUACUGGUGGUUUUAGCAGAAGAAGACACUGAUUGGUGGCAUGGCUACGUUGAGGGACAGCCAAACAAGACUGGCCUGUUUCCCGCAUCCUUCGUCUCCAUAUUGUCUGAAUGACACAUGACAAAGACAAAGAAAGAAAGUAAAGUGUCCUGAGAAUCCAGUCCUGAACAUGUGAGACAACUUUCCAGUGGUAGUCAGUUAAUAUCAACAAGUUCAAAACACCUGCAACAUCUGACAGUCAUUUCAGAUUCAAGUGCCAGUUGGUUCUCCUCCUAAUUUGUAGUCAUAAAACUGCUUUUUCUAGGGUAUUUUGAGUGCUAAAAUAAACUAGCAUUCUUAAAUGUUAUAUUGCAGCACACAGCAGGCCUGAUAUUAUCAUAUAAUUGGUGUAAAUUUCACUAGACGUUGCGCCAGUAAAAAAAAUUUGGAGGCAAUUAAAUGGGCAAGCCUAGUUUUUGGCUUAAAUGUAUAACCAUACAUGAUUAUGUAAGUCCAAAGAUUAGACAGUGUUAUUAUUUAAGUACAAAACAGUAAAGUCACCUGAAUUGUGGUUUCAGGUUUCAAAACACCUGUGGUGUUACCUGUGGUGUUACAAUUACAUUGUGGUUUCAAACACAUUGUAAUUGCUUAACUAAAGAUUGACUCAUGAAGGCUCAAUGAUAUAUUUAGUUGUGUGUACGUGUUGAGUUAAUGGAUUAGGAUUAUAUAAACAUUUUUUGUUUUACAUUGUAAAAUGGUAUCAAGCUGUCCUCAAGGCAAAAAGAGGAUCUCCUUAUUAAACAAGUUUAAGAUUUUUCAAAACUUUUUAAGUAGUCUGUCUAAAAUGUGUGCCUAAAAGGUGUCCUCUCUUAUUAAUGGUGGCCCAGUGUUCAAGUAUACCCUGCCCGGCCCGAAAAAAUAGCUUUAAUUACAGCACACACUGUGGCAGCCAGUUCCAGAACCACUUUUUCAGUUGCCUAGAAUAUGCCUGUAUCAACAAGGAAAAAACUCAAUAGAUGUGUCUUUCAGCACAUUCAGGUCAUUAUAUGCCAUAUAACGUUGCUAAGCCCUGACUAGACAAACUGAAGCAACCCCAGAUCAUUACCACAAAUAAUAACCAGACUUUGGUUCAGUGGCUGCUGUGCAUAAUGUGUGCAGGACGCUUCCCUUUUUACCCUGACGCUCUGUUAUAGGGUCAGUCUGGACUCAUCAGACCACAUGACUCUUUUCUUAUGGCCAAGAAUAUUUGUCUUAUGGCCAAACAGCUGUUUACUUCCAAUCCUGUGAGUUCUCUUUACUCAGUAUGGAAUUGCCCUUUCUUUCCAUAGAACAGUUUUUACUGUUGAUAAUUUACCAUGCAACUUUACCAAGUGUUUAAGUGACCUCCAGCUAUGAUUUUUUUCGUCCACAUUUCUUCCAGUCACUAUUGUGACUGUUUUUUUUAAUGCACAUUGAGACAUGAACCUAUUUGGUGACUUGAGUGGACAUGUACGUGUAUUUAAAUGUUAUGUGUGUUGAAUUCCUAGAAAGCAGGACAAAAUGCUAGGGCAAACAUUGUAAAAGUAAUGUUUGAACUGUUUUAUUUUAUAAAUAACAAGUAACCAAGAUGAUCGAUUCAUUCUUUAUUUUUCUACUUGCACACUUAAGUACAAGUUAAGAGCUGUGACUAUGUUUGUGAUGUCAUUAUGUUUAUAAAUGAAAUUCAUGUUUUUCUUUGUCGUUUUCUUCAAGUCUAUGAUAAAGUACAAUUGAAAUAAAAAAACUAUUUAAUUUAUAUGUAAAAUGUAAUAGCAAUCUGUAUUACCAAUUAAAAUGUUUUGCUAUCUAUU